AUGCUCCGCCACAGCCACUCCGUGGGUCUCGUACCCCAGGCGCGGCGGAAGCCGCCGCCGCCCACGCUCCUCCACGCCACCUCUGUGAUCGGCUCCGAGAGCCGCGGCGAGCUGGGGAGCCUGCAUGGCGAGGCGUGGGAGCGGUGGCGUCGGGCGGCGGCACUGGCCGUCGACCUGCUGGAUGGGCGGCACGAGCUGGUGCCGUCGCCUGCCUUUCUGCGGGCCACGCAGCGCCUCUCCUCGCCCCUUCCCAGCGGCGGGAGGCUGCGGCGGGCGUUUGCAAUGGAGAAGGAGCCGCAGUCCGCGGUGGCCGACGAGGCAGAGGUGGCGGCGGAGGAGGCGGCGACCUCGUCCUGGCUCUCCGGCUCCCUGCUGCUCUCCGGGGCGCUCGUGCUCUGCGCCUGCCUGUGCCAGUGGCCGUACGACGCCCUCAACUCGGUAGACAGGGGCUGCGGAGGGCUGAUCUCGACCAGCGAAGCCACGUUUGGCCUCUUGCUCGCUGCCCCAACCGCGCUGCGGCAGCCCGAGUGGACGGUGCCGGUGCAGACGCACCUGCUGCUGGCACUCAUCACCGUCUGCUACCCGCUGCUGCUCAACCAGGCCCUCGCGUCGCCGCUUCCCGUCGUGGUGAUCACGACCCUCAAGAAUGGCUCGCUCGUGGCAAACGCCGUGGUCGGCACCCUCCUCCUCGGCAGGCGCUACUCUGCUCCGCAGCUGCUCAGCAUCGGCCUCACCAGCGUCGGCUUGGUGCUCACGGCCAUGUCUGGGACAGCAGGGGCGUCAGCGCCAACACGCAGCGACGUGGCUGGAGGGCUCUGGACAGGGGUGGCGCUGCUUCCGGUGGCGCUGCUGCUGCGCGCCGUCACGGGCUGCAUGCAGGAGCGGGCGUUUGCGCGCCUCCCAGGCGGCACGCGCGCCAGCGCAGAGGAGAUGAUAUUCUUUCGCAACAUCCUCGGCUUGCCCAUCCUCUUGCUGCGCGGUGGUGGACGCGCCCUCGAGCAUGCCUCCAGCUGGUCCGGCCCUCACGUUGGUGGCGUUCAAUGGCCGGGCAUGUGGGUGCUCCUGGCGGCAAACCUCGUCUUUGAUUAUUGCUGCAAGCUAAUCUGCACGCGACUGAUUGAGCGCUCCGGCGCGCUCCACACCACCCUCGUUCUCACGCUCCAAAAGUUCCUCGCAUUCGUCGCCUCUGUGCUCCUGCUCUCGCCCGACACCUCGCUUCGCUCGUCGCCCACGCUCUGGGCCGGAGCCGCGGCGGUGCUCGUGGGAAGCACUUGCUUCUCCAUGACGCCAUCGACCCGGCCGGCGACAGCUGGGAGAGAAAAGGGGGAUUGA